AUGGCGGGAAAGGGUGGGAAGGGUCUCGUGGCCGCCAAGACGACGGCGAACAAGGACAAGAAGAAGGCCGUCUCGCGUUCGUCCCGUGCCGGUCUACAGGUGAGAGUUCCGGAAAACCCCACCUCAGCCUUAUCCUCAACUCUCGCCGGUUCUUCCUCUCCGGCUGGUCGUAAUUCGAGGGAAUCCAUUCCUUGCCUUCCCUACUCUCGUCUGCCGUCGACGAUCUUUGUCUAAUUCGACCGAUCCUGGAUCGUGCGCGACCUGUUCGACAAAAUCCCCUGCCGAGUUCGAGCCUCAUGCUCGCCGUCCAUGCGUUCUUUCGAACUGAUAAGCGAAAGGAAGCACUGAUUCCUGUGAUGAUGUGCAGUUUCCUGUGGGGAGAAUCCACCGGCAGCUGAAGGCGAGGGUUGCGGCGAACGGGAGAGUUGGAGCAACCGCCGCGGUAUACUCGGCAGCGAUCCUGGAGUACCUCACGGCGGAGGUGCUUGAGUUGGCCGGCAACGCGAGCAAGGAUCUGAAGGUGAAGCGUAUCACCCCGCGACAUCUGCAGCUCGCCAUCCGUGGGGACGAGGAGCUCGACACGCUCAUCAAGGGAACCAUCGCCGGCGGCGGCGUCAUUCCCCACAUCCACAAGUCGCUGAUCAACAAGUCCUCCAAGGACUGA